AUGGGAAGCGGAGCAUCCGUGGCUUCCGGCGUGCAAGACGCAACUCCAGCUCAGCUCAAGGAGACUUUCGGCGCGCUGUCAGCAGAGGAGCAGAAGAAAAUCACAGAAGCACUUGCGAAAGUCGAGACGAAAGCAGAAGCCGCUGCGGCACCGGCAACGGGGGAGACGCCUUCUACGGAGGCUAAGCCUGAAGAGAAGAAGGCAGAGGAACCAGAGAUGUCGGAUGAGCAGCUGAGCAUGCUCAAAGCGGCUUUCGAUGACAUUGAUACCAAUGGUUCCAAGUACAUCGAAGCGGCUGAACUCAAAACAGUGCUGGGCAAAAUGAAGGUGGAACUGUCUGACGACCAGAUUGACGCGGUGUUCAAACGUGCAGACCUCAACAAGGAUGGAAAGCUCAGUUUCGACGAGUACAAGAAGCUGGUGUGCGCAGGUUGGGUUCUGCCAGCAAGCACUCAAGACCCGACGAAAACGGCCACAGUGCAAUGGUGCCCUGACGGCUUUCAGCGAAUCUUUUCAGAGCCUGGCAGAUGCUAUGACUAUUUCUGGAUUGAAGCUACCAUGGUGUUCAAGCCGAUCCAGUCUAGGAGUCUAGCAGUUUAG